AUCACAAUGGGUUAAAGCACUGAGUCCCGGGAAGAAAAACUACAGGCCUUGUCACCCUGACCAGGUCAUCAUGUCAAGGGCUUCCAGAGGAGAUAAACUUCUGAGCGACCUCGGUUACAAGUUGGGCCAAACCUUGGGGGAAGGCAGCUAUUCCAAGGUGAGAGUAGCCACUUCGGCCAAAUACAAGGGGCCACUAGCCAUCAAAAUGGUGGACCGGCGUCGAGCGCCCCGGGAUUUUGUGGAGAAGUUUCUGCCGAGGGAACUCUCCAUCUUGAGAGGGAUCCGUCAUCCGCACAUCGUCAGGGUCUACGAGUUCAUCGAAGUCUGCAACGGGACACUGUACAUUGUGAUGGAGGCCGCGUCUACAGACCUCCUGCAGAUGGUGCAGAAGACAGGCAAAUUGCCCUGCGCCCCUGAGGCGCGGGACAUCUUUGCCCAGGUGGUGGGUGCUGUGCGCUACCUCCACGACCGGCAUUUGGUGCACCGGGAUCUCAAGUGCGAGAACGUGCUGCUCACUUCGGACGGCCGCCGAGCAAAGCUGACCGACUUUGGCUUUGGCAGAGAAUCGCGCGGGUACCCGGAGCUGAGUACAACCUACUGUGGUUCUGCGGCCUACGCCUCUCCCGAGGUCCUCAUGGGCGUCCCCUACGACCCCAAAAAGUACGACGUGUGGAGUUUGGGCGUCAUGCUCUACGUGAUGAUAACUGGCUGCAUGCCCUUCGAUGACACCCACAUUCAUAACAUGCCGUGCCGCCAGAAGAAAGGCGUCGUUUUCCCCGAAGACCUGCCCGCUUUGGCGGAGCCCUGCCAAGCCCUUAUUAAGCAGCUGCUCCAGUUCAGCCCAGAAUCCCGGCCCUGUGUGGGGCAAGUAUCUAAGAACAGCUGGCUGAAGGGGGAAGCCUAAGUGUGAUGGCUUUCGCCAGGACACCUACCAGACGCAGCUGCUUCAAGGGAGGGGGGGUCAUGUUAACCGGACAAUGGAAACGUUUAAGUUGUCAGAAAGGUUUCUGGGAUUGUUGAGCAUGAGAAGAAGUAAGUGGGCAAACUGAUUUAGCGGGGGGAAAGGAAAAAGAGAAAAGCAAUUCAGAUGUAAGUUCCUCUGAAAUUAACGGGACUUACUUCCAAACAAAUGUAUUUAGGUUUGGGGUGCCAAUGAGAUCUUUAAAACCC